AUGUCGAUUGUGCUGACGUCGGUGGAAGCGUUUCGAGGCAAGGACUGUCCGCUCGAGACUUGUGAGUCAACAGGACUGUACUUUGCCGGUCCAAAGUGUUCACGACGGACGGUGUGGAAGGCGGCGCAGUGCGGGAUUGCAGCCGUGGAGAAGAAUGCAACGGAUGUCAUCGAUGCUCAGCUGACCACGCUCUGGUCUGAAGAUGGCGGCCUGACGGCAGUCCCGGAUAUCCGACUUUUCAAGCACUUGCUGCACAACACCUCUUGGUCGGAUGAGAUUGAUGUGAUCGUGGGGUCUGCCUUGGACGACAAGAAUACGAACGCAGUUGACAUUCUCUUCACGAUCAAUCAGGUCACACCAUCAUCGAGUGUUACUAAAAGCUGUCCGGACACGCCGUCCUUCGUUGCUCCUUGUGUCGAGUUCAUUGAUACUGAGAUGGAAAGCUGGUGUCUUCCUCGCCGCGGUGGAUUCGUCGACCUGUGGCUCGACAGAGCAAUCUCAAACAAGUCAAUGUCAAUGGAUACCUCAGCCACUGCAGUCGUCUCUACGACAAACGCUGCCACGAGUCGAUCAGGAACGAUCGUUGUGCUGAUCGUGCUGCUCAUCUUGCUCGUGGCCGCCAUUGGAGCACUUGUAACAGUGCAGAGGAAACAAUCCAAGACGCACUUUGUGGCAUCUCCGGCCAAUUACGAAAGCGGUACGACAACGCGGUCAAAGUGCAAGACCCCUCAUGCAGUUUUUCGACCGAGCACGCCACGGACGUCCAUGGACCAGCGACGGUCGAUCGAGCUGACAGCUUUUUGUAUCGACGCGAACAUCACAGCCAAGCGCAUCGCUUACGACAGUCUCACUUUCGACAAACUGAUUGCACGCGGGGCGAGCGGUGAGGUCUGGCGAGGCACUUGCGGCUCCCGAGUUGUAGCGAUCAAGCAAUUGCUUCCAGAGAAGCGGCACAACGAAAGCGCCGUCAUGAUGUUUUCACACGAGGCCCGCAUUGCAUCGGCUCUGGAACAUCCCUCCAUCGUUCAGUUCGUCGGUCUCUCGUGGAAUCGCGUAUGCGACCUGUGCAUCGUCUCGGAGUUUAUGACGCAGGGCGAUCUCUCGGUGCUGUUGACGUCUGCACGAAAGGAAGAGCUUUCGUGGUGCAAAGAGAAGCUCGCCAUUGCCAUUGACAUUGCCGAUGCACUGACGUAUCUGCAUGGUCGAGAGCCCAUUAUCAUCCAUCGCGACCUCAAGUCGCUGAACGUGCUGCUUGACAGCCACUUGCGUGCGAAGCUGAGCGACUUUGGGCUCAGUCGCGAGCGGUCGGUGGACGAUACAAUGACGAAUGGCGUCGGCACUCUACUGUGGACGGCGCCUGAGAUUUUGCGGGGUGAGGCUUACAGUGAAAAGGCAGACGUGUACUCCUACGCGAUCGUUCUAUCCGAGCUCGACACUUGUCUGCCACCCUUUGCACUCAAUACAGAGGUGAGAGAGCAUCAUCUGACCUCCAUGCAGGUCAUGCACUUGGCUACAUCGGGGGACAUUGCCCCUCGACUGCGGGCCGAUUGCCCCGUUCCGCUGCAGCAGCUCACAGCCGCUUGUGCGAGUUUUGACCCACGUCAGCGGCCGACCGCAUUGGAAAUUGUCUGUGCGCUCCGCAACAUUGUUCGCAACGUGACCUUUGACGCGAGUUUUGCAGCGUCACGGUGUAGUUGA